AUGGCUUGUGUACAGCUCUCUGACAGUCAAGCACUGCAAGAUUCCACCGCUGAAGUUUCGUGUGAAACAACAAACGAGGUACCACUCUUUUGUCUUUCACUGUUUUGUUUCCUAUCCUGUGCUUCAUAAAUUAUAAGUACGAAAUCUAAGGCAGUCAAUGAUUUGAGAUCAAUUUCAACCACACACACUCGGUUCAUCGCGUCCAAUGUCAGAAGUCGACGAGCUGUGCGAGCCGCUUAUUGUGCGCACAUGACAAACUAUUGUGAUUUGGGUGUUUGCCUGUACGUCCGAUUGGCCAAGCGGCAAAUGCGCUGGGCCAACACAGCGGCUACGUGAGGGUCCGGCAGGCGUUAUUGAGAUGCGCAGCCAUAACAAAUGCCGACAUUGGGGGUGUGUCGGUGUGUGCAAAUGCAGGUCCACGCCGCGUCAGUUGGGAUCCGAGGCACCCCUCUCCCUUUUUUUCCUCGCUGUGUGAAUUCCAGAUCAGUGAAAGUUGUGGACAAGUGGGUGUGGUGGCGCACCUAGAUGCUGGUUUUCAUCGCGCCUGCCAACUGCGCUCUCUUCCACCUCCGGUCUUCUUGACUCUGUCAUGACAGGGGGGCCAAGUGGGGGGAAUGAGGGACUGCGGUAUAUGCCGCAGUGUCGCCACAAAUAAUUUCACGCGUAAACUACCGUCUCUGCUCUCGAUCUGCUGUGAAGCACUCUGUGGGCAUCCUCGGAAUCGACGGCCGAAAUGUCGUGUGUCAGAAUGAAGCCUCCGUUUUGGGAGCGCACGAGUAGCAAUAUGUUGUUUACGAGAGUGUGACCUGGCCAUACCAGCAGGAGGGGAUAAUUAGGCGAAAGUUGGGCAUAUGAUUGGUUGGUCCCCAAGCGCCUGGAUCAGCAAACCAUGGUCCUCGUAGCCUGGUGCGCGACCGCAGUUCUCUGAAAUCCGGUCCCCUGCCGAUAGGUAAGCUUGCGCUCCCGCCGUCCUCCUCCUUCUGACCCCUCGUUGUGUUGUUGGUCAAAAUCCUGGUCAAGUUUUUUUUGUGGGCCAGGGGAUGUGGUGGUGCGUCCGGGUAGGGGUCCGGCCGUGUAGGCCACCUGCGCCCUCGCGCCCCUCCGGGCUUCUUGACUUUAUCUUGUCACCGAAGUGAAUUACAUUGAAAAUCCUGCUUGGGCAGUCAACUUACUGUAUCACAUUUGGUGGAUUCCAGACGUUGUAGUAGGUUGAGCGGGUAACUUGACCCAAAUGUGAUUAAACUCUCGUCGUCUGGAGAGGCCUCGUAGUUCAGGUGGUUAGAGCGAUGGCCAUACUACUGCCUUCCCCUUACCGCGUGGGUUCGAAUCCACCGAGGAGCCGAGUUUUUCACAGUUGGGUCAAUAUGACUUAUUCAAAAUCUGUUAAACAUCUCUAGAUUGAGUGACUGGCACCAACUCCGCCGAUCUCGUCCUUCUAUAGGUUUAAUAUGCAUCUUGCAGCCACUGUGCACCCCACUGUUAAUCAGGCAUUAAAGAUGAAAAUCGUUCCUCGGUUUUGCGAGAUGUGCAUUAACUCAGCCACAACAGGUUUUUCGAGUAGCCACUGAGAACUCUGAACACCGCGCAGAUGAUAGCUCUGUGUUGAAGCACGCCAAGUUUUCUUUUAGUUUUAUUUCAACCGUUAACAGUGGCAUCCCGAGGUUAAAAACACCCAACAGCUACUUCGAACGUACUAGUGCCCCAAGCAUAUGAGUAUCCUCUGGUAAAUCGUCUUUGUUUGCCUGGGUUAACUGGCUUGUAUUUUUCUUCUGAAGUUCCUGAAUGCAUAUGUGCCGGAAAGAACUUGCAGGUUUUCAAUCCAUUUAUUGUGACUAAGGAUACGAAUUAUGCGUAGAGUGGUCGUGCGGGUCAUCACUCAAAUGAAGCCAAACAGUUGUAAUAAAUCAGCGACCCUACUAACGUUAGCGUUUUGCAUGCAGGCUGAAGUCGUUCGACUAUCAUUCCGCAGCAAUUAGUCGAAAUAUUCAGAAAAGGGAGAUUGCAGUGGGAUGCAUUUAGAUCAGUCAGCUAUAUUUCUGAAAUUAUAGGCUUUGUAAGAUUCGUGAAUGCUCUUCGUGGUUGCUCGGGCACUGUGGAAGUGCCGUACACACACUCUUCUUUCCGCAUCGAAACGCCGAUAAUUUCGAUGAUAUGAUGAAUAGUGUUUACGGUGGAAAGUGAGAAGGACUAUUCCUUUAGCUUAUACUUAAAUUACUUUUGUAAAGGCGUUCUUUUGGAAGUACCCUUUAUCUUCCAGUUUCAAAACGUUAUCUGUCUGUCUGUGACUCUCACCUAGUGGGUUUCACAUGACUGGUGCGCGAGGCUCUGUCAGAGGAUUUUUGUGGGUCUGUAUAGGUUUGUUGCUGCAGAAUUGAUUGUCUUGGCUAAGUAUCUAGCCGGUUAGCCGAGACCGACCUCACUCCAGUCCGUGAGGUCCUGGUCUACGGGAGGGACGUGAAGGAGCAUAACAAGGAGGUGAAGUGGACAAAAGGCUAACCGACGUCCCUCACCCUCGCACAGAACUUCCCUAAUCCAGGGGCGUAUAAAACAGGCGAUGACUUGGCCUGGGCUUGGAUUCCUGUGUUCUGAUGCAUUGGCAGCAUCUCUCUGCCCAUCUCUCAUAAGUAUCUUGCUUACAAAUCUGAAACCCACUUAAUUGCGCAGUAAACGUUUGAGAAUGGGGACACGAUACAAUCAAAAAUAUGCGAAGACUUUUUAUUCAUUUUCGAAUUAUUUGCCUUCUACUAUGGUAUCAGGAACGUCCAUCGUUCUUCUACCUCAUAAAUAUUCGUUAUUCUCUUCAUUGUCAUUACUUGUCUCAAAAACAAAUUAGGGAUAUUGAGGAGGUUCUCCGACAUAUUUUCCUUUUUCAUAAUUAUAUGACUUAGUGAACCAUCAUAGCCGUUAUCAUGCUCUGAAUGCUGCUUUCGAACGCGCGUACUGCCUAUACAGAGGGUUGGAUGGCAAAAGGUGUCAAUGGUCUCAUAAAUCUUGUGGUAUGGGCGCCUGUAGGCCACGUCUUGAGUGGCUGUCAUGGCUUGUUGCAAGGGACCAAUUUUCAAAUGCAUGGGCUAGUAAUGUAUCCUGCGAACAUUGGUCUAUGGCAUUCGUCUAGAUAAAUGGUUUACAAUAGGCCCCCAUCUUGCGCUCAAGAAUUAUAAGAGAAGUUGUUCACUGUUGAAGGAUCCUCAUAUAUAAACGGAUUUUGUCAUUUCGUUUGGUACAGAAGGUUCUACUCCUUCAUAGUCCUAAUGCAAACCACCACUGGGCAGCAGAGCAUAUUCAGAAAUCUGCCGUUUUACUAGUAAUCCUCAUGUCAUUCUUUAAAAAGCUUAUGUUACUUUCUCGGAUAACGCCGACGUUUUCAGCUGAAAACAGGAGUUAGGACUGCAACAUUUAGUUCCCGAAAACCAAUACUAUCUUACACCGUUCGUUAAGUAUUAUACUUAAAAUAUGUGCAUUAGCACGUUCGGGAUUUUAGGACAGUUAUUAUAGUAUAGCGUUUUUGGAAAGAGGCUUAACUACUUGGGCAAAUAACUUUUUUACCGCAACCAGAUGGGGCUGUCGUUUUGAGUUCAUAUAUUAGAAUUGAUUUCUUGCGCCAUCCAUUUAUAAUUGAAAGCAAAUAGGACUGCCAGACCGCUGGCACAAAGACUGCACUUACAUUACCCCAUCAAACCUUCACUGAGCAAUCAAACUAUAGAUUUUCUACUAAAAUAAAUACAUUUCGAUGGAUGAAUACCCAUUUUUGAACUUGAACUUUGAAGCUGUAGCGAGUGUAUGAAAGGAAGAGGGAAAUUAUGAUAUAUCUAAUUUAACAGUUUACUGCAAAAGGUCACUCAUUGACUCCCUCUUUUUCAGUAAAAAGUAUAAAAUUUGCGAAGAUGUACAGUGAGUGACAUAUCUCAUGAAAUGUUGGCUGAAAUUCUAAAAUGCGUUUUCAAUUAGGAAGGAUGACUUGGUCGCGGUUGUGAUACUGAUUAUUUUAAGGCAUACUCUAAUAACAUUUCGGACUCGGCAGGAUGUCGGCCGUUAAAUGCACUUCUUUUCAAUCUCCUGUAGAAAGCGUACUCGGUCAAAAAUGACUAUUUAUGUAGCAUGCAUUUUUCCGUUGAUUUUCGAUGGUCUUUGAAAUUAAAAUAUAUUUUAUAAAAACCACAAACACAAAAAGGCUUUCUUUUUGUCAAUCAAUAGAGAGUCACGUCUUCUUUAUAUUUUAUACUUAAGGAAAAGGCCUAAUUAGGUUUUAAAAAUGUUUCUAAUUAUGAGACCUUUUAAUAUCGCGAGAUGUCCAUUCACAGAGCAUCGUACCUGGCCGUUUACCACUGCUCCUCGUGAAAUGUACAACAUGGUCCGCAUUCAUUGCAAAAUUUUAUGGACCCUGUAUGAUAGCUCUUUAAUGACAUAGAAAAAUAUGGGAUUUUCUUUACGCGGAACGCAUGCACCUUGUAGAGUUUAAUCACUAAGCGCUUAUGCAACGAAUGAUCAGGCUCCAAAUUUUUCGGCAAUUAGAAAAAUUUUUUAAAACCUAAUUAUACUCCUUCCUUAAGUACAAAAUAUACAUAAGACGUGAUUUUCUAUUGAUUGACAAGAAGAAAGCAUAUUUGUGUUUGUGGUUUCUAAGAAAUAUAUUUGAAUUUCAAAGACCAUCGAAAAUCAAUGGGAAAAAUGCAUGCUACUUAAGUAGUCAUUUUUUACCGAGUACGCUUCCUAUAGGAGAUUGAAAAGAAGUGCAUUUAACAGCCGACAUCCUGCCGAGUCCGAAAUGUUAUUAGAGUUUGCCUUAAGAUAAUCAGUAUCAAAACCGCGACCAAGUAAUCCUUCCUAAUCGAAAACGCAUUUCAGAAUUUCAGCCAACAUUUCAUGAGAUAGGUCACGCACUGUAUUAUUAUUAUGUCAUUUUGCUGAAAUAAAGAUAUCCAUGUUAGUUUUUUCGUGGAAAAGACAACGCAUAGGUGGGGAUUGCUUCUCUUAUUGUAUGUUGCCUGCCUUUGAGGGAGACCCAGAUUUGUUCCUCUAAACUACUCCUCUCGUGAAGAGAUCAAAGAAAAGGAUGAAGAAAAGUGCCUUCGAAUGACCUUUUAGUUAGUAUUUGGACUCCCACCCAAAAUGUAAAUGAAGUAUGCAGUAUCCCAAUACAUGCCUGUUAGCAAAAAUUCCCAUGAACCUUGACAUGCAAAAUUGUCUUUUUUUCAGAUCAAAUAUUUUACAUGUUUUGGUUAGACUCCGAGCAGCUGAUUAGUAUAAAUUUGAGAAAGAAACGAUUGUCUAGUAAUUUCACACCCUUAAGAACCCAUAUUGUGAAUUUUAUGUUAAAAAUGACCAAAAGGAUCAUAUAAUGGCCGAAACGUUUUGUCAAAGCGUUUUCGGUUUUUUAGCAAUUGAAUGUUUGCAUUCUGAAGUUGUACGAUCAAAGGAAUUACAAGGACAAAUAGAAAAGUAUAAAUAUACUGAAAACCGAUAUUCCUUAGCUAAAUUAUUUGACGUAAAUAUAUCUAUUUCUUUAGAAGAAUUAAACACUUUUUAAUGUUACCUAUAUUUCAAUCUAUCCAGAGCACUUACGUGUAUGACAACAUAUCCCUCUUAACGGGAAUUUUUCCGUCUACGCAAUUUUUUCCAGUUUACGUUGAUAUCCAAAUGAAUAAAAUGGACUCUGCUCCUGACACCCUGUGCUUCGUUACCCGUUGUAGUCGUAUAUAGGCGUGAAUUGUACAGCCCAGUUUUAGUAUUAUGGGAAAGAUAUGGAAUAGCCUCCAAGUUUUCACAAAGUCAAUUUCGUCUUUUAAUAACUCAAUGUCUUCGCAUUUUUAAAAUAGACUUGAAGGCUACCUGACGUGUGUAUAAGUGCCAGCCCGGUAAAUAUUGAUGACUGGGUUAUUUUAACUAAUUAUUACCUAGAAAGUUUCUUCAAAAUACAAACUAAGCUAUUUUGCUUAUUGUACCCUCAAAUGACUUUUAAUUGGUGCAUAUUUAUUUGUCAUCAAAGUCUCAUAUCAGUUUCCGGACUUUCAAUAUUUUGAUGGUUCACAAAACUUUUGAGAUUUUUGUCGACAGUUGCAUGCUAAAAAAGAAAUGCAAUGCUUCAGAAGAUGUUAGUUAACGAAAGCAACCAGGCGGCUGGAGCUGCACAUUCUCAUUAUUUUACAUCUUAGCGAUGCGAAUGUAGCCGGGCAUGCAAACGGUCGGUAUAACUGCGGGGUACUUACUAACACUUGCUCAUGGAUACAAUUUUGAUAAGGCGAUGCAUGCAGCCAAAAGUAAUGUAGCAGAUUUUUAAAGCUUUUUGUGAAAGCGAAAGGUUUUUAUGACAAAUAGCCAGUCUCUGGCUAAAUGUUUUUGCAAUAAUAGCUACCGUAGUGGACUGUUGAUUAAGUACCACUUUAUCGCAUACUAAGGUUGUUUCCAUUUUCGAUGCUUAGGGCACGAUUUUCGUCUAAAAUGCCACUGGACUGCAGAAGUAGUGAAAGUCCACAUUGUCUUAUUAACAUUGAUGACCCUUGUAUUCAAACUUAUUAUUUCCUAAGUAGUUGAACGAACAGCCUAUAAGUGUCCAAACUCAUGAAACAUUCACUAGAAUGUUUAAAUGUGCUCGUAUUAAAAUAAUGGUCCCGGUGGUACCGUAAGGUUGAGUAACAUGCAACAAUAUCCCAGAGCAUUCCAUGCAUACCAAGAUUCCUACAAGCAAAAAUCUGAAUAAGACGUUAUUUUCACAGGGGACUACAAGAAAGAAUAUUUUAUGCGCACUUUCGACAAAAUACAUCUGACUUUAUAGAGACAUCGAAAACCAAUAAGAAGAAUUAUCUAAGCAAUCGCAGCUAAUGAAUGCAACUUUUGUAGCUGGCCGAAAAGAUACGUGGUCAGUAGCCCGCAUCCUAGACUAUGGGAAAUAUCCUGGGUUUAUGCUGUAUGCCACUGGGCAUUUAUCCUUCACCUAGGCAGUUCUCUUUGACUGAGAAUAUCUGUUUUAUUUCAGUUACGAUUUUAUGAGUUUUGUCCCCUACCAUAUCUGCAAUAAUUCCUUGCUUACUAUGAGUCUCGAAUUCUCUCAGCAACUGAUGUUUCCCUCUGAAAUUACCGGCUCCUCCAAUUGAGAAAUUUAGGAUGGGAGGCAAAUUAUGUUUUUUCCUUAAAAUUACUUCGAAACCAUCUUAGUGUCAAACCAGUCGCUUUUAGUCAUAAGUCAAUCAAACGGUAGGCCAAACCCAACGACGUUUAAAUAAAACCGAGCAAAGCGUAGGUGUGGGCAGCCACUUGUUAAAAUGCAUGGCCUAGUCGCCCAGUCAGACUGGACGCUAGCUUGGGUUGCGCAUACACGAACAUAAGCUGGCUGUGCGACUGGGCGACGCAUUAUCACAACUGGCUGCCCACACCUACGACACAGGUCAUGAGUUUAACUUCGCAGCCAACAAAAAUAGUCAACCACGCCGGAAACAAAACAGGCCGAGAAUUGAUUGAAGCUUGAGACUUGGAUGAGACCUCAGUCGGUCGAUGUAUCAAUCUGGUGCCGGAGUACAGAGGCCUGCGCAGUCACUUCCAGUCUUGCGCCAUCAGUCGAUGACUGGCUUACACGCCCGAUAACUGUCUCCUGUUCUCUUGCUGCUGCUGUCUCUGACGUUGGACUUCUGCACGAGUUCGAAAGCUCAGAGCAAUAAAUAAAAUGUUCCGGUUCUCAAACAUCCUUCUUUUUUACUUAUACAUAACCUGGAACUCGAACUUUUGCCUUUAAUCUAGUUCAUCUUAUGCAAAUGUCAGAAAUUAGUGGAUUGUCAUGCAGAACCUAGGUGGCUACUUGCGCCCGUGCCCUGAUGUCCUAGAAAAUACCCAAAAGCCUGCAUAUAAUUUGCAUCGUACAGUAUUUAGAGUGACUCACGAACUGUUACAAAACUGGCAGAAAACGCCUAUUUUAGCACACCGUUUUUGAUAUUUAGGUAACAAUCAUUCUAUAAGGCCUAUUGUUUUUACCUAAAACCGGAAAUGUGGAGAACGUGUACCGUAAACGUCGCUUUGAUAAGACUAAUUAUAGCAAUGCUUUAAAAGGCAGCAUGCAUUGAAGGUAAAACGCAUUGAAAAAUAACAAUAAAUAUCAGCUGAGGCGGUCCUGUAACGGUUGGAAUCACCGAUCUCCCGACAUCACAGAGCGAAAUUCUGGGCUCGGUGUGUGGAUGAUACCUUCGACGGGAUUUAGUUCUAUAAUUCAAAGAACAUCUCAAAUCUGUCCUCCGACGUACAAAUCAUGAUGGAGGAGAGAGAGAAUAACCGGCUAUCCUUCUUUGUUGUCCUCGUCAGCCGCAAAGAUUGUGGUGGUGUAAAGGCUAAAGUGUUCGGAACAGUGACAAAAGCGACGCAAGUACUGAGCUUCAGCAGCAACCAUUUAAUCAGUCACAAACCUAAUUUCAUAAAGGCGCUAUACCGGCGUGUCGAGACGCAUUGCAGUGACGAAGGACAAGUUGCUGAACUACAGCAUAUUCGAUGCGUGCCUAGAACGUACGGGUACCCGCUCCGCUUCGUCAGGCGCUGCAUGCAUAAACGUAAAGAGGGGCAAACUUCAACGAACCCAGAAUUUGGGCAAGCGCUGCCGUACAUUAAUAAAGUCUCGGAAGCUGUCAGCCGCCUUUCCACAUUACUCUGAAUUGAAGUUGCACUCAGACCGGAGGUAACCAUCAGACGCCUAAUCGUAAGGCCGAAAGAUCCACUGCCAGGGCAGGAAACGUCUGUUGUAGUUUGUUGGAUCUGAUGCAGUUUCGGACAAAGCAACUAUGUCGGAGAAAGUUCGAAAUGACUCCGAAAACGGAAGGCCGAGCAUGCAGCAACAGCGAGGAGGAAAGACAUUAACUCCUAGAUCGCAGCUCAUUUGACGGGACCCGGCUACAUCUUCGGGUUUAACGAGGCCGAAAUCUUUGCAAGAGGUGGCAACUGCGUACGUCGUGAGCUACUCGCGUUGUGGUUUCCCGGCCCGCAUUCAACUAACAUGCGCAUCGACCUUCUGCCUCCAUAUUCUGUGCUGUGAUUUUGCCUGAGCAGAGUAAUUAGCCAUGAGAGUAGGGCGUGAGCAUAAUCACUAACCCCGCAGGGAGGGUGUGGAUGACCAGCGGUCACGAUGACAGCGGGACAAAUGGCCGAGUAAUGGCAACACCGAAAAACGAUAGCGAUGGUGAAAUAACGGCCAUUAACGACUCGGAUAGGGGUCGUUAAGCAGUCGCUGACUACGACCCCACCGCUCAAUAUAGUGAGCGACUGGCUGCCUGGUGAUCGUACCCUAUAAAUACUGCGCACCUUUUUCCACCUAUCACCCUUUCUGUGCUGCCAUCUUUAAUGAUGGGUUCGAGUGGGAGUCUGAAAAGUUAAGCCAAUACACUUCAUGUUUCAACGAUCGCAUCUUCUCCUUCUUCAUAAAUAGCAGGUCCGUUAUGUUUUUAACGCCGCCGGACAUUUAACCAGUGUUUUCUGUGACAUCACCCCACCUUUCCCUGAGUUUUACAAUCGUGUUCUUGAAAACAAGGUACACAUUGAGCUAAUAUAACUAUGACUUGAGGGUUAGACGCAUUGAUUAUCUGGAGACUGGACACAGAAAGCCCAGUAUUUGUGUAAAUCAUUUACAAAAACUUCUUUCUGAUCCAUUUGUUAAAAACUCAGUGGGAUUGGAGCCAACAACAGCAAGGUCAAGGCCUGGGUGCGGCCAAUGUUUUAGCUAAUUGAGCCCCGAGGCAACGGCAGUAGUUAUGAGUUUGAUGCCUUCUGAGGCCUCGUUGAACAGCCACGUUUUUCACAAGUGGUUUGAAAGGAAUUAUUAAAAGUCUCCCAAAACCACCUGUUAAGUGGAAUUAUUGAUCGUCUGGUGGACUCUAGAUUAAUUACAUAGAACAACCUGCUUGGGCAGUCAGCGUACGUUACCACAAAUGAUGCAUUUCAUAUGUUGCAGUAAGCUGGUCGGGUGAUUUAACCUGAAUGGGACUGAACUCAAAACUCCCGGUGGGGCCUCGUAGUUCAGCUGAUUUAAACGUUUGCUGUCAUGGGCUCGAAUCUCCUCGGGACCGUCGACUCAUUCACAGCUGGAUCAAAAUAAAUUAUUCAAAAUCUGCCAAAACAUUUAUUUGUAAAAACUAAUCAACCCCAAGUCUUCAUAAACUGAUGCCUCCGUAAUCCCCUGUAGAUGUCCGAGAGGAAAAGUUCGCAAGAGUUAAAGCACGUCCUACCGUUAGUUGGAAAAAUGACUUGGGCGCUCAAACACGGUGUGCUGUUAGUACGGUAUCACUUUACCCUAAAGUAUACUAUAAGCUUCUUGUCGGCAGUCAAUGAAUAUUAUGCAGUUAUCCGCCGUGGCUGAUGGACUUCGGCUCAAAUAUUCAUACAGAAAAUUCUCGGUCUGGGCCUAUAGACCUUGACUAAACUGGUCUACUCCAAGUUCUUAGUUAUUUUUGAGGAAAUUAAACGGCGAUAGAAUUAACAUCGUUUAUAUAGUGAAGUUACUAUGCGCAGGACAGGCCUCCGAACAUAGGACCUGGAACGCAAGGAUGGUAAUUCCUGGUUUGUUCGGUUUCUGCACCCAAGUAUACGUCUUCGCCAAUCAGAGAAGAGUUGAAGCUUGAAUCCUCUUUGCAUUGUGUUCAGAACUAUACUCACACGUCGCGGGAUUUCCGUGGAAACAAGAUCACAUCUUGGCUGAUGAUACCUGACGGUGCGGAACCUUAUAUUUUCGCUUGUAGCUAUCGCCUAGAUCCCUCGCAGCUCGGUAAAUCUCACCCUCACGUGGCAUCCAAUAUUUGCCAUCGAUGCUGGCUGUGGGCCCGCUCACAGAGCUUAGUAACCAACUGAUACCGGAUUCGAAUAUCAGGCAUUUCAUGCUCUGCGUCUACAUACGACAGGCUGACGACUCCCUGUGAACCAUGAGUAGACAUUGCUGGCUUUUUAUAUUUAUUUAAUAAACCUCCUCAAUUAGUCAACGCAUAAUUGUGAGCAACCACCUGGGAAGACUAAACACGAAGUUCGGAUGAGGCCCAAAAAUAUCAUUCAAUUUAAUGUUUUCAUUUUAACCUGAUCUACGCAUAUAUAAACUUCCUUUGUCUGCAUAACUUCAUAGCUAAAAAUUGAAGGUAAAAAUUUUUGGCAUAAAAAUUAUGCGCUUCGUAAAGUCGGGUUCUGAAUUUUUAAUGAAAAGGUCGGCAAAGCUCAUUUGAGGCAUUAUUUUCCAGCUCUCUGUGCUUGCAUGCUUCGUUACUUACUCAGCACCGUAAUUUGCUAGGCAACGUCUUUAUUAUAGCAUGUUUUUUCCUUUCAUUUAUUUACAGCUACUUAGUAGCGUAUAUUUUAUGUAGACUGCCAGCUAUUCGCCCAAGUCAAAAGUUAUCCGAGAUGCGUGUUUUUAUAUUUCAUCAUUAAUUUCAAAUCCUGAGAUUAUUAUGCAAGAACAUGUAUUUCACCGUGCUCUUGACGUAGGCGAUUAUCUAAAGCCUGUAUGAGUGGUUCUCCGGUCGCGUGCGACUGAAUGAAGCUAUUCGCCCAAGUCAAAAGUUAUCCGAGAUGCGUGUUUUUAUAUUUCAUCAUUAAUUUCAAAUCCUGAGAUUAUUAUGCAAGAACAUGUAUUUCACCGUGCUCUUGACGUAGGCGAUUAUCUAAAGCCUGUAUGAGUGGUUCUCCGGUCGCGUGCGACUGAAUGAAGCCUUCGUGCAGUUCGGCCUCCAAACCAUCAGGCCUCCAUUAGGACUUCUAAAUACCUAGGGCUUCUCAUCUUAUAUUUUUGGAAGAAACUGCUCACUAACCCAAGGAAUGCAUCAACUACUGGACAGGGUACUUCCGCUAUGUCCGCUUUCCGAAGUCAGUUAUUCUAAGAGUUCUCAUGAGACUUUGGCAAAACCAGGGUGAUUCUAUGACUAGUGGCUCAAUACCGUGUCUUCAAAUGGGCUCAAGUUUUUUUACCAAGACGGUAAUCUAUCCUUUUGGAAGGAAUUUCGGCCAACCAAUAACUUUGCAUAGUCCUCCUGGGAAAAAGUUUGCUUGCUUCGCAUAGCAAUGGGAAAAAACUGACAGUAAAACUUCGCCUAUUUUGCCAUCGGAGGCAAUCUACCCGUGACUGUUAGCCGACGCUGCGAUCUGCUCGGGCAGACAAGCAUUGAUCGACGGGAUGGCCUUUCUACAAAUUGGCAGCCUAACUGCGCAGCAUGAGUGCAGUAGACAUUUAAAUAAAAGCCUGAAAGCUGGAGAUUUCCUGAGAUCCGAAGAGUUUAUGGCGUGCCUGGAGCGUGGAUGAUGUCGUUGGGUGCAAAUAAGGGCAGUGUAGCUAAAAUGAGUCGAAAUAAAAUUCCUAGCAUCUCCACGUCUCAUGCACUGAAAUGCGUACAUUACAACUUUUUAACUCACUUUGUUUUCUAGGUAAAAUGAGACUUAGGAUGGCAUUUGAGCCUGCAUUCAGUAGGCAUGAAACAUUCUGCUGCCUUUCUGUGGAUUUUGAAGAUAACCAAAAAUAUUGGCUCUAAUUAAAAACACAUGAAAGCAGUUAUUAAUAUUGUAUAUAAACAAGAUACGGCAAGAUGCAUGAUUAAUGUAGGCUAAAAGUGAAGAGGAGUCAUUGAAAACAUGUGGGUGCCUAACAAUCUUCUGAAUCACUUAAUGAGGUUCUUUGUUGAACUAAAGUCAACUGUAAGCAAACAUAAUCUGACAAUGCUCCAGUUACCUUGACAAUCUUUUCUGACUGCCUCAAUGAAGAAGGUGUCCUUGGAAAGUGCGGUCAUCUCAUGCGCCACCCAUCUACCUUCAGCACUCUCUCAUGAGUACUCUUUGCUCAAUUCUUUAAUGCUUUGUUUAAAACCUCUCGCAAAGUUUGCUCUGAUCAGAAAGCUUUCGCAGAUCAUUUCGAAAAACCCGCGAUCGUGCGUUAGGAGAACUUUUUGAGUUAUAUUAACUUCACCAAGUGAAAAAGCGAAUAAUUUUGCGCCCUGAAUUUCAGACAAUCGAGUUCAUCUGGGUCUUAUUACAAAUAUAACUUUUGCAUGGUCACACAGACCGUUUUGCCCCAUUGAGGAGAAGUAAGCCCGAUCGCUGGAACACUUUUAAUAGGCCGUUUUGGUUUAACCUAGUUCUACGCGAAAACCGCCUCGGCCUGAAUACGUUAACCAUGCAUUUUUUAAUAUAAGUUGCCCCAUCAUCCAAUAGGUCUGAAAAGUAUGGCAACACAGUUUGAAUAUUGACAUUCGACACACCUUCCUCAGAAAUGUUUAUUUUUUGUUUUAUUAAGUUUGCUCAAAGCCAAGGUUUUUCGAAUUAUUCAUACGAACUGCUGGAUAUAUGGAAGCUCAUAUGAGUGGAAAUUGUUAACUGUUAUAUGCAGCGAUCGGAAUCACUGGCUCAAGAUCACCACGAAAAUAUCAGUGCGUUGAGAGUCGCAGGGACUAUUAUCGAGUGAGAGCGAGGAAUCGGUGAAUGUGUACGAAAUUCUACUUAUGUGGUAAUAGAAGGUCCAGGGUUUGGUGGGUUGCUUUCACGGUCGCGUAGUUUGCCACGUAUCCAGGGUCCCUUGAAAUUGAAGUGCGCAAACUUUUUGUAAUUUUCUUUCGCCCUCUUCUUUCUAUUUUAGGAUAACGUAAAUGAGGCGAGGAAAAUGAAAAUUCUCUCAUUGCUUUCUCGCCAAGAGGCCCUAAAGGCGGAACUGACCGUAGCAAAAAGCCGGUUGCUAGCUGAUCCCGGAUCUUGGGGUUUUGAUCGUGAGUUUGUCUAUAUUUAGACGGUUUCGGCCAUACUCCUAUUCAUGUAGCUUGCAAUAAAAGACUGGCGAGUCACACAAUACUUUUUAUCAUUAGAUGAGAAUAUGAAACCCUACCUUUGAGUGUCAUUGACUUUUGAAAACAAAAGACAUGCACUAAAGAUUACCGUGCGGUUAAGUGCAGGAGCUGGGAAGCGCAGUAGACAAAUUCGAAAUUGUUAUAUGCUUCUGCCUCUUACUGACAAUUUUGCAUCGCUAUGCCAGCUUACCCUAGGUUAUCUGACCUGAGCUAUAUGACAGGGUGAAUUAGGUGAUCCUCUUCCCGUAGUACAGCGACAUUGACAGACCUGGUUUGCCUGCAACUUACUAACUAGAACAUUUAACUAUAAUUUUUCUUAAAUAAUCCACUUGAGCAUAAGCUUGAAUUCAAAUCUGUCCUUAACAUGGCAAAGACUGGCAAAAAGGAGCCUCCACGGUCUCCCAGUAGUUAAUAGCACAUUCUUCCAAAUUAGUUGGUGAGUAAAAUUAUAAGAUUGUCCGCGGAUUUCUGGUAGAAGUGGCUCUUACCCAUUCCCGAAAUAAAGACUAAUGCUUUUUUGUGUGAAACAGCAGGAAAUGUCAACGCUGAUAGUGCCUGCAUUGCCAGACACCCUUUGAAUGCACCCUCAGCUAUGCGAUCUCACGCCUGACUUCCUUUGUUAAAUUUUAGUAAACGUAACUGAGAGAAUGGACCUCGACGAUGAAUGCUUCCUGGAAGCCCUUGAAAAUGAAACUGAGUUGCUGCAGCAGCGUGUGAAUGCUUGCAACUUUCAUGUCAAAUACAUGUCCUAUUUUCAUCCCCCUUCUUUAGGCUCCGAUCCGUGA